GGCUGACGAAUUAAGUGAAGAACUUGGUGCUUUUGUAGCGAUUGACGAAUGUGAAGUUAAUGAUCAAAUACUCUCUAAUUUGACAAAAGCCAGAAACGAUCCAAACAUCAUUGAUUCUACAAAUCUCAGUGAAAUCAUUGAACAACUCAAGAAAAUCGGGAAAGAGUUAUCAAUCAAUUCAUAUAUGCAACCUCACAUAAUAAGCUUGUAA